ACAAUGCAUGAACAUCCGGAUGUGCUGAUGGAGGAGCCGAGUGCUGCCGGGGAUGCUGUUUUUCGAGCACCAGCAAUGGGAACGCGAUGUCGGAAACGACGAGCAAUCUUUGAGGACGCGUCUGCUCCGACUGCUGUUAUUGCUGAGGCACCGCGACAUCCGGAUAAUGCACUUGUGCAACUGCAGCAAUUCUUCAUUUCUUGCAGUGGUUGCAAGGGUGUUAUUUCAUCAGUUAUGAUACAGACCAUGGAAUACAGCGAAAUAAUCCGCCAAAUGACCGAUCAUUUUGACGAGGACUCAGGCGAUUAUCCGCUGAUGAUGGCCGGACCACAAUGGAAGCGAUUUAAACAGGCGCUUGCGGAUUUCGUUAUGCUUGAAGACAAAACGGAAGAUAUUCGGCAAAUGCUGACGUACAUUUUCAAGAGUGUCUUCGUCCAUCGUUAUCGGUAA